AAAUCAAGACUCUUAAGGACCAUUAGCUCCAAACUGAGACACCCAAACACAUGCCCACACUUGUUUUGGCCUAACCACGAAGGGAUUUCAACUUAUUCGCAAAUGGUGAAAAGAGAGAGUAUAAUAAAGAAGUAGAACGGUCUUGCACUCACCUUCACUGCUAGGUGACAAAUGGUUAAGCAAGAGAGUAGUCAAAGCAUAGAUGAUGAGAAAACUGCAUAUUAUUUUGCUUAUGGGAAAUGCGCGUGUGUUGAUAUGAGUGAGAUGGAGUCUCAAGAUCUUGGCAGUCAUGAGCUUCUCAAUAAUAGUUCCCUUAAAAUGGGCUAUAGGCUAUGUCUUCAAGCCCAAAACAAAUACUUGGGAGGUAAAACCACAAAUGAAAAGGGGGGGUAGCUCUGAAGGAGAUGAGGAAUAUCGUGGGGGGGGGGCAACAUGAGGAUGAGGAAGAAGAAGAUGAUGGAGAUUUUUUACGCCCUUCUAUGUCUUCUUAUUGGAGGGUUUAAGUAUUGUGCUGUGUCCUAGCCAUCAAAAUGAGAGGUCGAAUAAAGUAGGUAGUCAAGAUAAUCCUAGGUUAGGAGAAUGUG